AUGUUUCGUAUAUCACCUUCUGGAGGAGAUACAAAACUUGUGUGGUCAAACAUUUUGAGGUUCUUGCCGGCAUCAACACACGGAACGUGUGAUACUUGCUGCGAUUUCAAAGAGCAGUUUCGGAGAUGUUCAGACUCUCAGUCUAAAUACGAGACAGCCCGAUUGUACAAACAGCACCUAGAUGCCGUAUCCAAAGACCGGCAAUUGGAAGAGUUCCUUCAGGACGGGAUGGAUCAGUCGAAAUGGAGCCUGCCGAGACAGAGGUUGCUGCAACGAGCCAAAGACACGCAGAACUUGCUGCGACCGCGAUACAAGGCGGAGAGGCCAGGAGAAUUGAUUGAGCUCCAGUAUGUUGAGCCCGAGUUCUUUUUGAAUUCAGUUUCCACAUGUUUGGAUGAGCCCACCGUGAGAUUUGCCACCGAACGUCAUGGUGACCUACGACCAGCAGCGGUUCUGGCUUUGCCAUAUCAGUUUGCUGCACGGAUCAUGAACACUGCUGCGACAGAGCCACGGCAAUUGAAGAAAGUUCAAAGUGACAAAGCGAAAAAAUACCUUGAAGUUUGCCAAGUCUUAAUGCAAAGAUUUCCCACGGAUACUUCCGGAAGAUCUGUAGAAUUUCUUUUAGAUCUUGUGAACAAUACAGAGCCAGGGGAAGCACCUCCUCUCCCUUGGAUUUCAACUGCAUCACCAGCAGAUGCAGUUCAAGUGGGACGCCCACGACUGGUUGAGAGACUUGCCCCUGCUGUCAAUUUCGAAGCCCGUUUCGCGCACAGGUGA